CCUAUGAUUGUAUUCCAUUCCGAGCGGCCUUCGAGUCCGUUUGAUAUUCAAGUGGGCAUGCAUCGAGUCCGAUUUCCGGAGAGCGAAGGCGGAUGCCCAUGGCUUUCAGUAUCGGAGAUCCAACCACAACGUACGCUUCUCUCUCUCUCUGCUCAUAAGCGUUGAUUCUACGCUAUUUCUAGCUGCAUACACACUGAUUCUGCGCCGUGAAGAAAACCGUUCGACCCCAUGCCAAAAUGUUCAAAACACCAAUUAAACCUCCUGAGAAUCGCUCAUCAGAAGGCGCCUGGGCUUCAUUUCCAUUUAGUUUCACGCUAUUUCCCAACUUUUUUGCCUUUCUUCUAUUUUUCAUCUUUCGCUCUUUCUCCCAACCCAACUCCCCGAAGCGAACCCGAAAAGGAUGAGGAUGAUGAGCUCUCAGUAUCAGGUAAAAUAUUCAAAUCCGGCCCCCAAUUGGGUUCUUAUAAAUUGGGCGAUGCCACAUUUUAUAGUCUCAUUGAAAACUAUGCAAGUUCUGGGGAAUUUCGUUUGAUAGAGCAUGUUUUGGAUAGAAUGAAACGCGAAGGGCGGGUUCUUGUGGAAAGGAGUUUUAUCCUAAUAUUCAAGGCUUGCGGGAAAGCUCAUUUACCUGGAGAAGCUGUGAAGUUUUUUGAUAGAAUGGUGAACGAGUUUCAUUGUAAGCAGACUGUGAAGUCAUUCAAUUCAGUUCUUAACGUAAUUAUUCAAGAGGGGGACUUUUCAGAUGCAUUGAAGUUUUAUUUACGCGUUUUUGGUGCCAAUAAGAUGAGCUUUCAGCCAAACGUACUCACUUAUAAUUUGAUUAUUAAGGUACUGUGCAAGUUAGGAGAGAUAGAUAGAGCUGUUGAGACUUUCAGAGAAAUGCCCCUUAAGAACUGCAAUCCCGACGUCUUCACUUAUAGUACAUUAAUGAAUGGGUUAUGUAAGGAAAGGAGGAUCGAUGAGGCAGUGUUUUUGUUGGAUGAGUUGCAAACAGAAGGCUGCCUUCCCAAUCCAGUGACAUUUAAUGUGUUGAUUGAUGCACUAUGCAAGAAUGGUGACUUGAGUCGUGCGGCAAAGCUUGUGGAUAAUAUGUUUCUCAAAGGUUGUGUUCCGAACGAAGUGACUUAUAAUACCCUUAUCCAUGGUUUGUGCUUAAAGGGCAAGUUGGACAAAGCUCUUAGUCUUUUGGAUAAAAUGGUGUCGAGUAAAUGUGUUCCUAAUGAAGUCACGUACGGAACAAUCAUUAAUGGCCUUGUUAAACAAGGAAGAGCUGAGGAUGGAGCUCACAUUUUGGUGUCUAUGGAAGAAAGAGGACAUAAAGCAAAUCAAUAUAUUUACUCGUCUCUCAUCAGUGGUCUGUUUAAGGAGGGAAAGUCUGAAGAUGCUGUGAGGGUGUGGAAAGAAAUGAUGGAGAAGGGUUGCAAACCCAACGUUGUUGUUUAUGGUGCCCUUAUAGAUGGUUUGUGUCGAGAAGGAAAGCCAGAUGAAGCCGAAGAAAUUUUGUACGAGAUGGUAAGUAAAGGUUGUUUACCAAAUGCUUUUGCUUACAGCUCCUUAAUGAAGGGUUUCUUUAAGAAAGGCGACAGCCAGAAAGCAAUUCUUGUGUGGAAAGAGAUGAUGAGCCAGGAUGCUAGGCACAAUGAAGUUUGUUGCAGUGUUUUACUUCAUGGCUUGUGUGAGGAUGGAAGAGUAAGGGAGGCCUUGACAGUGUGGAAGCACAUGCUCAGUGAAGGAAUUAAACCUGAUGUUGUGGCUUAUAGUUCAAUGAUUAAGGGCCUUUGUGAUGCCGGCUCUGUAGACCAGGGUUUGAAGCUUUUCUAUGAGAUGCAAUGUCAGGAGCCUAAGUCCCAACCUGAUGUGAUCACCUAUAAUAUACUUUUCAAGGUCCUUUGCAAGGAGGGUAAUCUCAUCCGUGCCGUUGAUCUUCUAAAUAGUAUGCUCGAUAGAGGCUGUGAUCCUGACUCAACUACAUGCAAUAUUUUUUUGGAAACUUUGAGAGAGAGGAAUGAUCCAUGUCAAGAUGGAAGGCUGUUUUUAGAUGAGCUCGUUGUAAGGUUACUCAAGCGAGAGAGAAAAUUAGCUGCUUUGAGGAUUGUAGAGGACAUGCUGGUAAGAUGUCUGCCACCGGAUGCAUCAACUUGGUUCAGAGUCAUUCAAAAAACAUGCAAGCCAAAGAAGAUUCAAGACACCUUAGAUGAGUUUUGCAAAAGCUUAUAUGGACAAUGACGAUUGUGAAGCCAAAAUUGGCUGCAGAAGGAAGAGAAUCCGAGAGCAUAGCGAUGAGAUGCUGCAUCGAAACAAGGAGGGAGGAUGCUACAAAAGUCCGUAUAGCGUCUCGAUGAUUCAACUCCAAACUCAAAGGUUGCUCAUGCACGCGGAAGAGAAAAGAAAAGGAAAAUGGGUCGAGGUCCAUUUGUGAUUUAGUUUAGGGACUGUAUUUUGCUACUAUCCUUUGAGAUGUCCAGUAUAUGGAGCAUGAUGUCCCAGAAGAAUACUGCUCUGAGUUCUGAGGGUGUUGAUUUGUAAAGGGUAUACGGACGGGAAGAAAGAGGCGGGCAAAAUGUAGCAGAGCGAGAGGCAAACCAGCUUCCAUAAACGAUCCCAUCCUGUCCUGUUUGAAGCAACAUGUUUAAUGAUGGCAAAGAACCAGCAUCAUCAUGCAAUCUCAUUCUCCCCAUCUUAGUUUGGGCCUUACCAACAGCAUCAUCAACUUAAUUCUUAAUCGGUAGCGUUUUCAUUUACAUCAUUUUUCUCAUAGCAGGUUAGGCACUUCGGCUCCUGUGCCUUCAAAUAUCAAGGUUACCUGUUUUUUUUUUUUUUUUUUUUUUUUUUUUUUUUUUUUUUUUUUUUUUUUUUUU